AGGACUGAGCAAGUAGAUGAGACGAUGUUGGUGCAUGAACUCCUCGGUCAAACCCUUGCGACAAGUGGAGGUUUGCGAUGGAAGCCUGCGACACGUCAUGUAGUAUUAGUGGUGUCUGCGGAUACUUAGUGCAUCCACUGCUCCUCUUUUUCCCGGCGUUUCGCAUGAUCGUAUCCGAGGGUGGGUUCGUUAUUCCAAUACGGUUCGGUACGGUAGAUGUCAGCUCCGGUUUGAAAUUGGGCAAUUUGCACAUGGAAUCGUGGAACCCAGGCGAGGAUCUAGAUACUCGCCCAACUUGGGUGAUUUUGUUGGACUGUUGGAGUCUUGGAGGGGAAGCCCGCGCGGGAAGGACAUGGAACAUGGGUUCAGAUUGCUUCAGUUUUUGGGGCUCUGUUCCUCCAUAUUCCAAUGGUAUCAGCCUCACUCGGGCUGAACGGAAUGUUUAUUAAUACUAUAUAGUAGGUGUCUAGAACGGACGUGGAGGAUUAAUUGCAUGACUUACGGAGGAUGGUGGAUAGGCACUUGUAGAGGGUGAGAGGUCCCUUGAUGGUCGAUAUUGUACCAUCCCUGGAUUCGGCUUCACGUUACAUCCUGGCUUCGGUACAGUAAUAUUUACUUAUUUACCAGAUUCUGAUAUCCAACAGGGAAGAAACGGAGUCUAGCCCGAUCCUUCCAAUUGAAUACUUCAUCAGGAUUCAGGAACAACAGAAAUUCAUGAUGUCAAAGGCUGCGUGUAUGGUAGCAAUUCGCUAGGCAGAUCGAAACAAGUACAGCCUUCAUAUAAAAUGAUUGGACUUUAUGAGCAGCUUUGUUGAACGAUUUGGCUGAAAUCUGCCUGUCAUAUCGCAAUCGUCGUAUUCUGUCAUUGGUUACCCGUUGUGCGCCCGCUACCCAAGAAGU